CAUCAUUCGGACCCUUCUGUACUCCGGUGCGUUUUUUUUUUUUUUUUUUAUUAUCGGUGGUCCGUCGAUUAGGAAUUGUGAGCUAAGAUUUGGGAUCAUGUAAACUGACAGCACGUUUGCUGUUGAGGAAGAGGGUCAUACGAGUCAUUCAUCGUUUCGGCCCGAGGAUUUAGGGUGAAUAGUCUGCACGCUGCUUAUAAUAUCACAGCACUUGUGGGUUUGGGCAUUUCGCACUAAAGUUGACCCCAAUAAUCCCCAGACUUUUUUCUUCUUCUUCUCCCAGCCAGCCAACUAAGGAUAUUUAUUUAAUAAUCUUCCUCUCCUGAAAUAUAACUAGGUAUGCCCCAAAAUGGAUUCUCAGUUGGCUUCAGUCCUGACCAGUGGCAGCCUGGAUGUCCAAAAUGGCAGCCAGUGUGGAGAGGGAUCAGGGCUAGUGACAGAGACUUUAUUGGACCCAAAGGACGAAACUGCACGCAGUACUGUACCAGGUAACCUCCAGCCAUGCCCUGUCACGGCAGCAGUGACCAUCAGGCAAGAUGCUCUAUCAAUCAAUGGGAAAAAGCCAGAGGUGGGCGGGACUUAUGAGCCAGCCUCUCAGGAAACAACUAAGAUUGGUGGGCUCAGACAGCCAAUUACAGUAAAGUCUGGAGUGCCUGUUUUGCACAGCCAGCCAAUAAGAAUCAAAAUUGUUGUCCCUCCACGGUGCAAGAGGCCAAUCACAAACUCUGCUAUCAGCCUGACCAAAGACUUUGCUCUCUCAGAAUUUCAGGGACCCGUGUUGGUCUCUGCUGAAUCACAGAAGAAACGUGAAAUCUGUGUGCCACCUGUUAAAAAUGAAGGAGAAAUCACGGAAGUUACUUACCAGAAGACUGAAGAAGAAGCUGAAGCAUUUCCAGAGACAGAAGCAGAGAAACGGGAUAAAUUGUGUAAAGACAGAGACGUUUUGGAUGUUAAAAUUGUCCACAUUGAUGGGUCGGAAACUCCUUUUACUGCUAAUACAGUUAAGUUUUUAAGUCAGCCGAAGAUUAAAGAGGAAACUACAGAGAGGGAAAUUCAGAAAAAUGUUCCUCUAAUUUUGCGAGAAAUGGACUUGAAGUGUUGCAAAACAUUCAAUGAGGUUGAAACGGAGGAGCAGACAGAACCUCUGGACCUGAGUUUGCCUAAGAAAAGGGAGAGCCGAGAGAGGAGAUACGGGCGUUUCUUGGAUGACUCGGGCUGUGAGAGCUCUCUGAUCAUGGAGGUGGAUGAAUAUGAGGGAGAAGGAGACAGAGACAUAGUAGAAGAGGACGAUGAGGGAGGCGGCACAGAUACUCUUGAAGAUGCUCUUCUGUCUCCCUCUUUCUUUUCUACCUCUGUUUUGACCUCUCUCUCUUCGAUAGACUGUGACACUGAAAACCUUCUUCUCAUCGAUGACCAGGGAAUUCCGUAUACGCUCAAUCCGGAUGGACUCAAAGUGCCACAAGUCAAUGCUUCCAGGGUGGAGGAUUCUCAGUCUAAUCAUGCUAAUUCAGAAGAAGCAGAAGGAAAGGAGUCGUCGCUUUUGGCACCGUUAGCAGGUCCCAGCCAAAGUACAGAUAAUGCACUAAAUGCACCUUCUGAUGAUUUUUACCCCUCGCCACCCCCUAUCAGUGAUUCUUCAUCACUAGGUGAUGAUCAGGCUAAAGCUCCAGAAGUCUUCACAAGUUUGAUUACAAACUCGAACCCUUCAGUGGCUGCAGAGCCGAGCGUUAAAGCUGUUCAGGAUGCCAGCUCUGUUUUGUCCCCUUCCUCUGGGAUAUCAGUCCCCACCCAACCCAUUCAACUUGUCACAAAUCCUGCAGGCAAUGCUCCUGUUCUCCUCCUGUCCUCCUCUUCUCACCUCUCCUCGGCUCCACUUGGUCUCUCUCUUCCCCUUUCAGUUACUCAGACUUCACAUGGUGCUUCCACUCCCGUGUUUCUUCUCCUUUCCUCUGUACCUUCUUCCUCUGGUGAGUCCACCGCUACCUCCACCCCUAUUGCUGUCCUCGACUCCUCGACCGGCCAGCUGUCCCAGAUUACGGCCGCAGCUCCGGUCUCCCUUCCUCUGUCCUCUGGUCAGGUUAGCACAUUGGGAUCGCCUCUUCCUACACUGUCUCACCCUGUCAUCAGACUCAGCCCCAAUAACCCCCCUGUCAUCCUGUCUGGCAUGAAUAACGUAAAUUCUGGCUCCGUUCUCACGUCUCUCACUGUCCCUUCAUCCACUAUUGCCCUGCAGGAUGACCACAGCUCAGUUCCUCUUAUUCAAACUCAGAUCACUUACUCUGAAUCAAACCCUGGAAAUGAAGCCAUAUCCGCUCAAGAGGUCUCCAAUGAAAACAACAAGCCAUCAAAUUUUACAGCAUCGUCUCCGAGACCGCCGUCUGCUAGUUUGACCUAUGACUCUUUAUCUCAGCCCGCCUCAGAAUUAGACGCCCAAUCACCUGACUCCAAAUCAGACCUUCACUCUGAACAUUUACCUCUGGAUGACCAUCUUUAUUUCUCUAACACGGCUGCUCCUACCUCCCCUUCUAUCGGACCUAUCCUACCCCCUGGUAAACUUGACCCGCUAGAUCCACUCUCUCCAGAGCUGUCAGCCAACACCGCGGGCUCCCGAAGGGUGCUGUACUGCCAGCUGUGCCCGAGGGUCUUCUUUUACCUCUCCGACCUUGAGCGCCAUGCCAUCACCCAUUCGCAGAAGAAGCCUCAUGUUUGCCAGCAAUGCGGCAAAGCCUUCAAACGCUCCAGCCAUCUGCAGAGACACAAGCACAUCCACACAGGCCAGAGGAACUUUGUGUGCCCCAUCUGUGCCAAGCGCUUCAGGGAGGCAGGUGAGCUCCAGCGCCAUCAAAGGGUGCACACCGGAGAGAAGCCCUACCAAUGCCAGCUUUGCCACACGCGCUUUGCCGAGCGCAACACCCUCCGGCGGCACACCAAACGCAAGCACCCCUACCACCAAGUAGCCAUGGAAAUGCUUAACGAGAGAAGAGACAGAGGAGGCAGCCGAGGAGACGGAGGAGGCGGUGGUACGUCAGGAGUCCAGGAGGAAGAGGAGAGUGCUGAAUGGUACAGCUCCACUGUGUCUAAUUUGGAUAACUCAGAGUCAGAGGUGGAAACGUAACACUUUAAAGUAAAGGGUAGGGGAGAAGUGCUGUUGAUGAUAUCUAACUACAGUUAGACUCUGAUCUUUUCUUUUUAUUGACUAAGAAUCAAAGAAGGGAGCACUUUCAUAUUUAUUGUUUUUAAUGUUAAUUUAUUUAUAUGAAUGUAUAUUAUUCCCAUUCCAUUUUAAGGGCCAAAACGCAGCCUUCAAAGUCAGAUGUGACUUUGAAUUAAGGGAAAACUCAUUCUUGAAGUCAUGUUUUCUUUGUGUGUGUGUGUGUGUGUGUGUGUGUGUGUGUGUGUGUGUGUGUGUGUGUGGGAAUUCAUAACAUUAAUUAAAACGCUCCUCAUGAAGUUGCGUUCCCAUGCAAUCCACGAUGAAACCCUAAAGUGCUCGAAAAAGAAAGAUAGCUUAUGAACUAAACAAUCCUCUGCUCUAGUCAUGUAUAUAAAGAGUACUACUUGUAAGAGCUGCACUUCUGCACUAUCUCAUAUGAAAGAUAUAAUCUUUCCUACCGUCAGACACACUGUGAGGAAUUUGCACUCGUUUUCUUUGAACUCAAAGUUAUUUUUUUUACAUUGUGUAUGAAAACGCUUACUUUUAAUUUCGUUGCCGCUGUUGAUCUUCUGUAUUUAAUCCACAUCCUGUAAGAGUUU